UUCGUAGUUUGUCUCUUGUUCAACCUGUUUGUUCUCCUCCAGCAAAGCUAAAUAAAACCACACUGACCAAUGAGUUCAGUGCCGCUGAUAAAGGGCUUUGUUAAAGGAGAAAUGUUUCACCACCUAUGCAGGUAGCCACACGAAGAGGUGGGAGGUGAAACCUCAUUGAUUGAGUACAGUGAAGCAGCUGAGGAAUCGUUGAGAUUGUACCAAUGGAGGAACUCAGUGAUGACAGUUCAUCUGAUGAUCUUUACCUCGAGGAUCCACCACCACCACCACCACAGUCACAUAGUCAUCAAGACAGGAAACAAAGGGAACUGGAGGAGCAAAACAAAAGGGCGCCCCUAGCAGCACGAAGGGCUGUCACACAACAAGAGACAGAGUUGAAGAAUUUAUUGGAGAAUCUAGGGUUGACUCAGUUCUACAAAGAGAAGCUGUCACUGAGCAAAAUACUUCAGAUUGAUGACAACGCCAUUAGUGAUGAACCAGCCCAAUGUAAUGCAGAUCUUCCUUGGCAUUUUCUGAAGAAAUUGAUGAUGGUUAAUGUGACAGCCAGGAAUGUAAAAUGUUCAGUUCAUGACCCAAUGUUUGAUGCUGUGCCAGGGACAUCAGAGUUUGAUUUUGAUAAUCUAGCUGACAGUCCAGGCCCAGGUGAUACACUAAACCCCCUGGAAUUAAUCACUGCUCUGUUUCUGUGUUCUGAUGGUUUUGUUCAGCAAGAACUGACAUUGAAAAUGUCCAUGUGUCAGUUCUCUGUGCCUUUGCUUCUUCCCAACUGUGACACACAGCAGUGCACACUCAUGCUGUGGGCCAUGAGAGACAUUGUUAAAAAGUACAGACCUCAGUCACUUUCAGAGUCAAAGGGCUUUAAGGAGGACAGAAUAGUCGUCUCUGAGCUUCCAAUGAUAUCCUUUGUUAGACUGGGUGGGUGCUCCUUGUCCAAGUCAGAGAUCCUCAACAAGUUACUGAGCAGUUCUCAGCAGUAUCAUGACACCUUUGUUCACCACAACAUGGAGUGUGGAGACAGUCCAAGAAAAAUCUCCAAUGGUCUGGUUGAAAUAUUCUGGUACCUUCCAUGCGGAAACCAAAAUAUAGACAUCUUUAGUGAGCCAGUGGCUGUGGCCAACCUCCGUGGAGAUGCCGCUUUGUUUGAAACCCAAUAUUCCUUUUUGUGUCAAACCUCUGCAGCUGUUUUUGUGUUUUUUGAUAAAAUGGACAAAGACUGCAAGCUGCUAAAUAACAAAAACUGCAGGGCACAGAUCUUCUUGGUGGGUAAUUAUCAGGGCAAAGGCUUUAGUUUGAAUGCUCUACAACAGGUAGCUAAGAGAUAUAACUUGACAAAGAACAUUAUCAUUAAGACACAACAGAAAAAUGAUGCAGAGUUUGUUAAAACUUUGAGGAUAACCAUCAGCAAUGUGGUUGCAAACUCAAAGAUGAAGAUGAAAAUAGAGCAGAUGGCUGAUGUUGCUCAUGAACUGGGGAUCAUAGUUGAUGAAGACUGUUCAGAGUGUCAGAUGGCCAAGAGAAAUGCAGACGCCAUCACUGCAGAAAUACAAGACACACUGAAAUACAAAGAAGAUCAGCUUCCACGGCAAGGUCAAAUAUGGAAAGAACUGACGAUGUUGGAAAAGGAAGAAUUUAGACUUCAGAAUCUUGGCUCUGAGAACAUAGAAAACUACAAAAGUAAACUUCAAAAACAGAAAACACAACUAAGGGCUAAACAAAACUCUUCUGACAUGUCAGAUGCAAUGAUAUGUUUCAUCAAUGCAAUAUCAAGACCAGGAACAGAGAGAUGUUAUUUCCUUAAAUGGAUGCGAAUAAACCUUGAUAAUUUGACUCGACAAAAAAUGUCUGACCUCAGGGAGCUGUACAAACACAAAUGUGAAAGUUCUGAGAACAAAGAGGAAAUUAAAGACAUUGACAAACAACUGUCCAGCAGCUCACUGGGAACUGAACACUUCUUCCGUGAGAUGGGUCAAAUCUAUGAAGCUUCGGUUUCUCUUCCAGAAACAAACCCAUCACUUCAACAGCUCCAGCAUCUGCCCAAACUCUGUGCACAGCUGCUGCUUGAUGGAUUUCCUGUUGAGCUUGUAGAUGGAGAUGCAUCCAACAUACCUCUCAGAUGGGUGAGUGACGUUCUGUCUCAGCUCAGUGACCUGGUGUCUCCUAAGAACAAGGUUCUGGUCGUCACAGUUCUUGGAGUUCAGAGCACAGGAAAGUCCACUCUGCUCAACACCAUGUUUGGAGUUCAGUUUGCCGUCAGCAGUGGUCGAUGCACUCGAGGUGCUUUCAUGCUGCUCAUCAGAAUCAAUGAGGAUGUUAAAACAGUCCUCAACUGUGAUUUCAUGGUGAUCAUUGACACUGAGGGCUUGAAGUCAACAGAACUUUCACAACUGGACAACAGCUAUGAACACGACAACAAGCUGGCAACACUUAUUGUAGGUUUGAGUGACAUCACCAUCAUUAACAUUGCCAUGGAAAAUUUAACAGAAAUGAAAGACAUUUUGCAGAUAGUAGUUCACGCUUUUCUCAGGAUGAAAGAGGUCGGUAAAAAGCCUAAAUGCCAGUUUGUUCACCAGAAUGUUUCAGAUGUUUCAGCUCAUGAGAAGAACUUAAGAGACAGGAAACUGUUGCUGCAACAGUUAAAUGAAAUGACCCAGGCAGCAGCCAGGAUGGAAAACAAAGAGAAGUACAAGAGCUUUACUGAUGUGAUGGAGUACGAUCCAGACACGGGGAACUGUUACAUUCCUGGACUCUGGAAUGGAAACCCACCAAUGGCUCCAGUCAACGCAGGCUACAGCGAAGCUGUUUAUGACCUCAAGAAAAAUGUGAUCCAGUUACUGGGGAAUCGUCAGUCAUCAAGUAACAAUAUCAUGGAGUUUACAGAGUGGAUGAGAAGCCUGUGGAAUGCAGUUAAACAUGAAAACUUCAUCUUCAGCUUCAGAAACAGUCUAGUAGCUGAUGCGUACAUGAAGCUUUGCACAGAGUUCAACAAAUGGGAAUGGAAAUCCAGAAAAGACAUGUACACAUGGGUCACACAAGCUCAAACAAUGAUUUCUAACUUUGGCACAGUUGCUGGGAAAUCUGAGAUGUCUGACAUCAGAGAACUUCUCACAUCUUUAAAAACUGAAGCUUCCACUAAACUGAUUUACUGGGAGAAAAAGCUUCUGGACAAUCUGACACAGUACUUUGAGCAAACAGAGGGUCACGUCUAUCUGGUUGAAGGAUACAGAGAAGAAUUUUCAAACAGUACAAAGAGCCUUCGAAAAGAAAUAGAGAACUCUGUGUUUAAUCAGCUCACAGCAGCAGCAGAAAUCAAACAGGGAAUGAGGGACGUUGACAAAAUCAAGAAGAAUCACACAGAAGAACUAGAAAAGGCUGUAAGUUCAUUGAUUGAUGAAUGUCAGAAGAAACGUGUCCAAAUGACGAAUGAAGAGCUGGAUGAAGAAUUCGAUAAAAUGUGGAGACGAACAGAGAGCAAGUUGAUAUUUUCUACACUACAGGCAAAAGAUGUCUUUACCAGUGCAUCCAACUACCUGAGACUUAACCUGGCACAUAAGGGGAGUCAUGCAUGUGAAUUGCUUAUUGAAAGACGACUGAAAGAUUGUGGACUUGAGCCUUUCAAAGUUACAGGCGAAGGACGUCGGAAUCAAGUUUCAAAAAAGAUGUUGGUAAAUUAUGAAAAUCGUCUAAAACUGGAACAAAAAAUGGCUGACGACAUCAUAGAUGCCUGUAAACAGGUUGUAGCUGAAAAAAUGUCAAAAAAAACAAAUUAUCAUGAAACUGACAUCCAGGAGAUUCUGCACCUGAUUGAUGAGAAACUGCAAGACACUCAGGAUGUUGACACAGACAUCAAGGUUGAAGUUUCUCUAAAACAGCACAUCUGUGGAUUUGCAGCCAGAGAAUUUCAGAAAAUGCACGAAGAUUUUCUCAAAGUGAAUAGUCCUCAUGCAUGUCUUAAUGAUAACAAGGACAAGUUCUGUGCUGAUUUUAAGGAUGUGUUCCAUAAACGAGACCAGUGUCAGAAAAAAGCUGAAGAAUUCACCAACCGAUGCUUGAAGCCUGCAGUCGAAGACUUUGUCAAACGUUCUCUGGGUCCUGAUAUAAUUGGUGAAAUGAUGACGAUGCAGCAGUUCAGCACACGUACCUUGUUCCAGUCUUCAGUUUUACAGGAUUUACUUGAAAAGGAUCAAUUUAGGAACUAUUACAAUUACAUUUGCUUCUAUGAGGAUUAUGUCAGAAACUGGAUCUUAGACCAAAUAGUGAGUCACUUCUCAGAUGGUUCUAAGAUGUCUGAGUUUGAGGAUCAGCACCUUCAGUCAAGUAUCAACAGCAUUAAUGCUGCCAUCAACAAGGCAAAAACAGAGAAGAGUGAUGACUUGAAGACAUUUGUUGAAGAUGUCUGUAGAGAACUGAAUAAUAAACUGGUCAUUUCCCAGGAUGCCCUUGGUGCUUUCAUGAUCUUGAACCAUGCUGACAAGGACCAGUUUGCUGACUGGCUCACAGAGAGUGUGAAGGAUGUGGCACAAACUCUUCGAGAUGAGUUUACAACAUUAGACAUAACAAUAAAACUCCAACAUCUCCAUGUAAAGCCUCAGAAUGAGCUUUUUACCAAACUGAUAGGAUGUGGAAAACUGUGUCCUUUCUGCAAAUCACCCUGUAAUGCAGAAGGUAAGCAACAUAAAGAGCACUUUACUUCACUACAUCGACCAGAAGGUCUGGGUACAUUCACUUGGAAUGAAACAAAACAACUUGUCACGGAUAUCUGUUCAUCUUUGGUGGUCUGUGGUAAAAGGUUUCGCUGUGAUGCUACUAAGAAUAAAUGGCAACAUUACAAGCAUUACAAAAAAGUAUUCCCAGACUGGAAAAUCCCUCCAGAUGUCAGUCGUCAGGCUUCAGACUACUGGAAAUAUGUGAUGACAAAGUUUAACAAAGAUUUUGCCAAAGUAUAUGAUGCACAGCCUGCUGAUAUUCCUUAUACUUGGCUCCAUAUCACACGUAAGCAGGCAGAAGACAGUCUCAAAGUGUCAUUUAACAGCAAGUGAGACACUACAGUACAUGUAUAUUCACAAAUUUACUGUACACACUUCCUACACAUUAAUCCUGAAGGAUAUUUUAAACUUACAGUAUAUUUAUUUAGGGUAAAAAAAUUCUUUUGGGCUGAGGUGUAAUAAUAAUAAAAAUUGUCUAGCUAAAUACUUAAAAAAAAAAAAGCUUUUUCUUUCUAGUCUGUUUAAAUGUCUUUGAUAUGACCUGUUCUCUGCAUUUACACAAGGUAGGGGUAAUUAUUUAGAUAUAAAAUUUCUAUUUUAAACCAAGUUAACUUUGUUUGUUUUAUAUUUUAUAAAUAAAAUUAUUAUUUCCUCUUUUGAAAGCCGGUUUAAUAAUCUUUUAUAUCCGUUAUUGUACAUCCAUCAUGUUCCUGCUAGAAGCACAUUCCAUUAAUGCAGAAUUGUUGGGAUGUUGGUGUAUACAGCAUAUAUAUUGCUUGAUUAAAUUAAUGAUCGAUUAAAUAACUAUACUGUAUCAGCAACAUGUUAUUUACUGUAAGAAAUACUGUCCACGUUACAAUAACUAAUCUUUUUAAGCCCCCCUAAAAAUACAGGACUUGAAACUGCAGAUCAAUUAUUAAGAUACAUUAGAAUAAAAUAAAAGUCUUGUCAAUGUCAGUGCUAAAAUGGAAGAAGGAAAUUGAAAACAGAAAAUGGAAAGACAGUGUGCCGACGGUGUGCUGUAAUAAUUCUUUAUAGUAAUACUUUGUGAUGUGUGUCAAUAAUACUCUGUAUAGAUAGUCAAUAAUUGAAAUGUGAUGUCAUUGGGUAGGACUAGAUAAGUCUAACUUCUUCCUACUGCAUACAAGCAUGUUACUAGGUUAAUUGAAAGCUGAUUAUUUUUCUUGUAUGGAGUGUGAAAUUAUGUGUGUUGGUAUAUAAACUGCUUUUACAUGUUUGAAUAAAAUAAAAAAAGUGUUUUAAGUU